CUUCUGUUGAUAAGCGCCUAAAAUGACAUUUCAAAAUUGCCAAUCUAUUGCCUCUCUCUCUCUUUGCGAGCUCCGUUCUUCUCUCUCUCUACAAUAACGCUGAAGCAGCCACUCCAAGUUGCCGGAACCCUAGCUGAAGAAAAUGCCGGAAGCAAGAGACAGAUUAUCGAGGAGGCAGGACGAUCCUAGUGCACUCUUCCUUCGUCACAGAAGCCAAUUCGGUAGUCUACAGAUUUUACCUGAUGACCCGGCAGUGAAUGCAUUUCGAUGGGGCUCAACGCCACUCAAUGGAGCAACAACCGGAGUGGCAGCAACACCCGGGCGUGGUGGUGGUGGUGUUGGGAGGGGCAAUUCUGGGACUCCGAGAGUUGGAAAUGGGCGUGGCAGGGGUUUUGCUAAUCGUGAGAAUACUCCAGCCAGGAGCGUAAGAAGAACACCUCGUGGUGGUGGUGGAAGCCGGAGUAUAUUACCAUCUUGGUAUCCAAGAAAGCCUCUCCAAGACAUCACCCCUAUUGUCAGGGCCAUUGAAAGGAGAAGAGCUCGCUUGAGAGAAGCUGAAGGCCUACAACUAUCGAGUCGCUUACCUCAGGGGCAAAGUGUUCAUUCUCCUUCUGUUCCUGUGUCUGUUGCUCCUCUCGAGCAUGAAUUAUCUCUGAGUUCUCCAAGUCCAACAAUUAAAAUUAGACGUUGUCCACCUACUGUUGGUAGAGUACCAAAGAUAUUACUUAAUAUCACCGAACAGAGUGAUGGAACAUCAGACUUUCUUACGCCAGAGAAGAAGCUCCUGAACUCAAUUGACAAGGUCGAGAAAGUCGUUAUGCAAGAAUUGAAUAGAUUGAAGAGGACCCCUGCUGCCAAGAGAGCAGAGAGGGAGAAAAAGGUCCGCACUCUGAUGUCUAUGCGCUGAAUGCACAUGAAAGAAGACUUGACAUAGGUGCAUCAACAAUCGUUGACAGCAAAAGGAACAAGGAAUUGGAGAGAAAGGAGAUGAACAGACCCACGGGGUAAGUUCUCAUCAUCUUCUGAUGAUUUUUGGGCACUCGAAGUUGAUGUAAUAGAUAGCUAAGUUUUAGCAGGUAAAUAAUGCUUGUUAUUCAGCCUUGAAAACUGUAACAGUGUGAUAGCAGCUUGUCUGAUGUAUUUGGUACUGUGGUUCACCAUUAGUAGCUGAGACUGGUUGUAUAGUUCAUCUGGUUAGUAGUUUAGCAAACUGUUAACAUUUGUAGUGUUUCUUCUGCAAGUCAUAUGAAACAGUUUCAGAAUUUUCUUAGUGGCAUUGCAACAUACCAAGUCAAGUCUUCCUAUAUUUGGGUGGGCUAAACAACAACAGGCCAAUUUAGUUGGGCUAAAAUAGAACAUGCCAAUUUAGUUGAGCUGAAAUACAA